AUGUCCGUCCCGGACCGGACGAACUGCGCCGCCCGCCACCUGUCGCCUCCGCCGCCUCCCUCCACCGCGGCCCGCGGGGCCCGAAGCAGGCCCACGCGAGCCCGCGGGAGCAGCCGCCGCCCGCGCCCGGCGCGCCUCUGCCCGCCGUCUCCAGCGCCGCCCUUCGCCGCCCCAGCGCCCCGCCUCGGAUCCCCGCCGCCGGCGACCGAUCCCGCCGCCAUGUGCCGCCCCAGCGCCGGCCACCGCCUCCGCCACUCGCCGCCGUCGCCUUGUCGCCUCCCGUCGCGGGCCCCGCCACGGGCCUCGCGGGAGACCGUGCCCCGGCCGGUCCCCUCCUUCCCCGGCGGCCUCCCGAGCUCCGGCGCCCUUCUGCUCUGGCGAGCCGGCCCCGCCUCGGACUUGCAGCGCCAGAUCCAGUGA